AAAAUAUAAAAGAAUCUUCUGAUGUCUCUUCGACUCUUUGCCUCAAAAUCAAUAGUCUUCUCUCUCUCUCCAUCUUCCUCGUUCAUCAUCACUUCUAAGAUUGCGUUUUCUCUCUUUAGCUUUGACUUUGUAAGAUGAGAGAGGAAGAUUCCAACUGGUUUGCCAAAUGGGAAGAAGAGCUUCCCUCGCCGGAGGAGCUCAUACCGUUAUCUCAGUCCCUCGUCACUCCCGAUCUCGCCCUAGCCUUCGAUCUCCGAAGUCCUAACCAACCUCAGCCUCAAACCACGCCGCCGCAGCAAACAAACUCCUCAGCCGAGUUCGCCGUGGACUCCUCCGGAGACGAGCCGGCUCGGACGCUAAAACGGCCGCGUUUGGUGUGGACGCCGCAGCUGCACAAGCGCUUCGUGGACGCGGUGGCGCAUCUCGGGAUCAAGAACGCGGUCCCCAAAACCAUCAUGCAGCUCAUGAGCGUCGACGGGCUGACCAGAGAGAACGUCGCUAGCCAUCUUCAGAAGUACCGGCUUUACCUCAAGAGGAUGCAGUCCGGCGGAGGAAACGUCGUCGGCGAGUCGGAUCAUCUCUUCGCUAGCUCGCCUGUUCCUACGCAUUUCCUUCACCCGACGGCUAGACAAAGCUCCGACCAUUUCGUUCCUUCUUUCGUCCCUAUCGCGUCUCUUCAGCAUCAUCAGCUUCAGUUCCUCCACCGUCAACUCUCCGCCGUGAAUUUCGCAUCUCAGACGAAUAACAACGGGAAAGCGAUGGACCAGUCGUUGUUCUUGGCUAGGCAGAGUCAGCACCAGCAGCAACAAGUUCUCACUAGGCAAGCUUCUUUGCAUUUGCAUAGCCAAGUGGCUAACUAUGCAGAUGCUCUGGAACAAGGAGCCAACACGGUCUUGACUCUAUUUCCACCUCGAGAAAAUUGAAUUUAAAAAAAAAAACUAUUUAUAUAAUUGAACAUCCACAAAAUUUGAGUUGUAUGGUGUCUUUGUUUGUACAAUGUGGAUCCGGUCAUUACAAUGUCUCUGUGACCGGAUCUUGUAGUAUAUUAAGACAUGAGUUUUCUCUGUAUAAUUGGAUGAAACAAAGUGAUCUUUUUCACUUGUUUAGAUUUGAUUACACAAGUACUUUUAAUGUGUGCUAUUUUGCUUCUUUUUUUUGAGUUUAGAUUUGUUUCUUAAAAGUUGCUUUGUAGCUUUGCACCGAAUAUCAUAAAAGCAUUUGCAGCUGCUUCCUCUUGUGAAAUUCAAGAACCUGGUAAUAGCCAAAUCCAUGUUGCAUA